UUAUGUCGAAUAAAAUGUGCGCACUAUGCAAAGUGCAUAAAAGAAAUUUAACAUCGGCUUACAAAUAUGUGGACUAUUGUGGUGAACGCAAAAAACUUUCCGAAGUAAUCGCGUUACUGAAACGUGUAGAGAUUUCACAAGUUGAAACUUCGGAUGCCAAAAUAUGUGAAGAUUGUAAUAAAGAUAUUUUAGUAUCUAUAAAAAUAGAAGAGUGCAUAAGGAUUAAUAGAUCAUACGAGAGCCGUUAUUUGAGAUAUGAAAAUGAAUGUAACGGCAUUUAUUCCAUGCCUCUCAAUCCGAAUAUUGUUGAUUUAGAGGCAGUGAAACAAGAACCAAAUGGUAUUAAUAAAGUAAGUUUGGUGAAAGACAUUGAAAAUAUGGAAAAAUUAAUAGAAGAAAAGGAACAAUCUAAGGAGGCUACAGGUUGGAAAUUUGUUGGAGAAGUUUUUGAACAACAACGUAAAUCAAAAACGAAGGCAAUAAAACAACCACCAAAGAUAGAUUUAGCUCCGAUUUGUGGCAUACUACAGGAAAAAAUGAACUAUUCUAAUAAUUCAUUUAUUGGAGUGGUAGAUAUUGGAAAGAGUCACAAUUUAGGUACACCGGAUUUGGAUAAAUAUAAGUCUAAUUACUUUACAGCACAAUCUCCUUUGUCCAACGAUUCAAUUAAUCCUUUGAAUUUCGUAAUCGCACAUCCAUUUGGGGACGAAAAUAAAAACGAUACUGGAGUAACUGACUCUGCUACGGAAAGUAAACCGGGUAUAUUCGAUGAAAAUGCAAAUAAAUAUAGUGCUGAUGAAACUAUAAAGAUACUAAAACAAAUUUCUGAAAAUGCUGUCACAAAACAACAAUUUCAAGACUCUAUAGCAAAUAAAAGAUUUCUUGAAGUUAAAUUGGUUGACUUAGCUGAUUGUACUAUUAAAAGCAACUCCGAUACAGUCGGUAAAAGUACACAAAAACAUAAUAUUGAUAAAACUGAAAACGUAUUUAAAAAGUCUGCUAAGAAGACUAAAUCAAAACAUCAUGCCAAUGGCUUAAAGAAAGCUAACAAGGGCACGAAAUUUGGAUUAGUAAAGUUAACCGAUUAUGUUAUUGAUUGCAACUCACCUCCAUUUGAUGAAAGUCCCCAGAAAUCUUCUACGGAAGUUAUCACAAAACAUAUUGAUACUAGCUCUAAGGCAUAUCAAGAAAUUAAUGACAUUCAAUUAAAUACAUUUAAUAAAUGUGCUCUAAAUGAGAAAUGGAAUAUAUUGAGUUGUUAUGGAAGUUACGAUUAUCAAGAACAAGUGGAUCAGUACUGUAACCAAAAUAUUGAACUAAGUUCGAUGUUUAAGAUUUCAAAAGAUUUCACAAUAGAUAAAAAAAUAUUUAAUAUCAAUAAUGGAUUCAAAAUAGAAAAAAAAAGGAGACAACAUUCAGUUCCUGAAAUAGUGUCACUAUUUAGUAGAAAUUAUUUCUAUAACACCGAUGCUUUCAUAAAUUACUGUAUGAACUUUGUUGUUAAAGAUGAAUUGAUGGAAAAUAUUGAACUGGGUGCAGAAAAAAUAAAUAUAAUCCAGAAAGCAAUUGUUUAA